AUUGAUCCUCUCUUUUUCCUCGACUCCUUUUUCUAUAUUAUCUUUAUCCGUUUUUUUUUUUUUUGUUAUCUGUUUUCUUCAUUUACGAAUAGGCAACGACCUUGCAUUUAGAAGAAUGGAUUCAACAUGUCGUAUGAACAAUGUAAAAGAGGGAUGUCAAUUAUUGGACGGGUUUGCACUUGUGGUUCAAGCAACACUUGCACUCACUGUAUUAUUUUUAUUAUUAUGGAAAAGGAAAAGAGAAAAACCAAAACGACCAUUCUUUACUUGGUCAUUAGACGUCAGUAAACAAUUUGUUGGGGCGAGUGUUGUCCACUGUCUCAAUAUCCAAGUCAGUUAUCUAUCUAUCAGUAGCAACAGUGAUAACAGCAACAACGAUAGUAGCAAUAUGUGUGUUUGGUAUUUGGCAUCUAUUUUGUAUGAUACGACGAUUGGAUUGGCCUUACUUUAUACUUGGCUAAGAUGCUUGACUUGGACGUUGGCAACAUGGUGCGACCUACAUAUCCCCAAUGAUUAUGGUCAGGCACCUUUCCGUGAACAAAUGAAACGAUGGUCUCAACAAACCUCGGUAUUCGUCAUGGCAGAAAUUUUGAUGAAACUAUGUCAAUUCUGGUGUUUCCAUCACAUCCCAUGGUUUUUCCUUUUUGGUCAAUGGUUAUUGGAUUGGACUCGAGACAAUUAUCAUCAUCAAGUUAUUUUGGUCAUGUUCAUAUACCCUUUACUAAUGAACGCUAUUCAAUUUUGGAUGAUCGAUACUAUGCUCACGUUUCAUCGACGGUUUCUCAAAUCUUCUUGUGGCCAAACAACAACAGAUGCAACAACAACAAAGGAAUCGUUACUUCCCUCUUCUUAUCCUUAUCAAAUUUAUAGUGAUGAUGGUUAUGAUUUCUCCAUCCCUUCCUCCUCACCCUUAUUACAUCACGUGUUAGUUCAAAACGCAACAUACCUAGAUGAAUACACUCCUCUGUUACCUCAUUGAUACCAUUCUCUUUUGUAUAUAUCCCAUUCAUUUUUCU